AACCUGCUACUUUCUUCUGUGGUUUUAGAGAGAGAAAGCGACGAGAGAUGGAUAAAGACAACACAGAGCUCCAUUAAUGGCUACUUUCAUCAUGUAAAUCAAAUCCUUCGCUAUUGCAGCAGAAUAUGGAUCCGAAUCAGAAGAGAGCCAAAGUGGUUGACCGAGUUGACUCGGUCGACACCGGUGUAGCAUCGUUCGAGUCGACUCGGAUGUGCCCAUUCCCGGAUGAGGUCCUAGAACGAGUACUGUCGCUAAUAGACUCCAACAAGGACCGGAGCUCGGUGUCACUGGUUUGUAAAGAUUGGUACAACGCCGAGCGCUGGAGCAGGCGCCACGUGUUCAUCGGUAACUGCUACUCGGUGUCGCCGGAGAUUGUGGCUGCUAGGUUUCCGAGGAUUCAGAGCGUUACCCUUAAGGGAAAACCCAGGUUUUCGGAUUUCAAUUUGGUACCAGAGGAUUGGGGAGCCGACAUUCAGCCAUGGCUGAGUGUAUUCGCUACUGCGUAUCCAUUCCUAGAGGAGCUCAGGCUGAAGAGAAUGGCUGUUAGCGAUGAGAGUUUGGAGUUUCUAGCAACGAAUUUUCAAGGUUUUAAAGCCCUAUCGCUACUGAGUUGUGAUGGGUUCAGUACUGAUGGACUAAAAGCUAUUGCUACUCAUUGCAAGAACAUGACAGAGCUCGAUAUUCAAGAAAAUGGAAUCGAUGAUCUUGGAGGCCAUUGGUUAAGUUGCUUCCCAGAAAGCUUAACCUCAUUAGAAGUUCUCAACUUUGCAAGCUUAAACAGUGAAGUCAGUUUCGAAGCCCUAGAAAAACUCAUUUCAAGAUCAAAAUCUCUAAGGGUUUUGAAAGUGAAUCGAAACAUAAGUUUAGAUCAAUUACAAAAGCUUCUUUUACAAGCUCCACAGUUGAUGGAGUUAGGUACAGGAACUUUCAUGCAAGAACUUGUUUCGGGCCCACUUACUGAUCUCAAAAAUACAUUUAGCAACUGUAAAAAUCUCAUCACUCUUUCGGGGUUAUGGGAUGCCACGUCACUUUAUCUUCCAGUUAUUUACCCUGCGUGUGUGAAUCUCACGUUUUUAAAUCUGAGUUAUGCAACUUUACGCAGUGGUGAACUUUCAAAGCUUCUUUCUCAUUGUAAAAGCCUUCGUCGCCUUUGGCUUCUUGAUACUGUAGGAGACAAAGGUCUAGAAGCAGUUGGAUCCAGCUGCCCAUUACUUGAAGAACUCCGGGUUUUUCCAGCUGACCCGUUUGACCAAGAGAUUUUCCUUGGGGUGACCGAAUCAGGAUUUGUCUCUGUUUCCCAAGGCUGCCCGAAACUCCGAUAUGUCCUCUACUUCUGUCGCCAAAUGACAAACGCAGCAGUUGCCACGAUUGCCCGAAACUGCCCGGGAUUCACCCACUUCCGUCUCUGCAUCAUGAACCCGGGUCAACCCGAUUACCUCACAAAAGAACCAAUGGACGAAGCGUUCGGGUCCAUAGUCAAAGCCUGCCCGAAUCUCCAACGCCUUGCGGUUUCCGGGCAGUUAACUGACCGGACAUUCGAAUACAUCGGGAAAUACUCAAAAAACCUUGAAACACUUUCGGUCGCGUUUGCGGGCAGCAGUGAUUUGGGGAUGGAGUAUGUGUUGGGCGGCUGCCCGAAAUUGAGGAAGCUGGAGAUACGAGACUGCCCGUUUGGAAACGUGGCGUUGCUUUCGGGUUUGACUAAAUAUGAGUCAAUGCGGUCGUUGUGGAUGUCGGCUUGUAAUGUGACUAUGAAUGGGUGUAGGGUGUUGGCUAAAGAGAGACCGAGGUUAAAUGUUGAGGUUAUGAAGGAAGAAGGUGGUGAUGAUGGUGAGGCUCAUAAGGUUUAUGUUUAUCGAACUGUGGCUGGCCCACGAAAGGAUGCACCACCUUUUGUUCUAACCCUAUGAAAAACCCUAGAAUGUUGUGAGGUGGCUGAUGAAUAAGAUGUAUAUACGUCAGACUUGGUCGGGGUAAAAUGGGUAUUCUUUCUUGUUGUUUCGUUUAUGUAUUAUUUUUUUCUUUCUUGUUGGAUAAGGUUAGUAUUUUUAUGUGGUAGUUGAUUGAUAACUGAUGAUAAACAACAUGCAUCAUGGAGAUUGGAGAGACAUUUUCCUUGGGUUUAUAUUGUUGGAAACUACAAAAUCUGUGUGUAAAGUAGGG